AUGGGCGGUGAGACGGACGAGAUCGAGGUACAGCGAGCAGGACAUCGACCGGACCUGUCGGCCCCCAGCGAGCCCGGAUCCCUGCCCAUGGCCUCUCCUCGGCGCCUCAGCCCACCCUUGGUCCUCGGGCCCCUGGAAGAAGCCCCUCCCCGGCCGGACCGGCCCAGAGCGCCCCCGGCUUAUGAGGCGCAAGACACCGGGCCCCGCUACGAGUUUUACGCCAACUCGGCCGCCCCCGGCCGGCUCCGCCGCAGCCGCCCCUCACUGGAAGCCCUGCGCAGCCCCGUCGCGGCGGAGGUGGCGGCGGCGGCCCCCGGCAGCCCCGAGGAGGGCUGCGGGGACCCGGACCCCAGAAGCGAGGAGGACCCGGAGAAGGACGGGGGCGGCCAGGCCCCGGUGCGCUUUGGCUGGGUCAUGGGAGUCAUGGUACGCUGUAUGCUCAACAUCUGGGGCGUCAUUCUCUACCUGCGGCUGCCGUGGAUCACCGCCCAGGCGGGCAUAGGGCUCACGUGGGCCAUCGUCCUGCUCUCGGCCGUGGUCACCACCAUUACCGGCCUGUCCAUCUCGGCCAUUUCCACAAACGGCAAGGUCAAAGCUGGGGGGACCUAUUUUUUGAUCUCCCGCAGCCUUGGCCCCGAGCUAGGAGGCUCCAUCGGUCUCAUCUUCGCCUUCGCCAACGCCGUGGCCGUGGCCAUGCACACAGUGGGCUUCUCGGAGACUCUGUGCGAGCUGCUCCGGGAGUACGGGGUGCAGCUGCAGCAGAUGGAGCCCCAGAACGAGCUGCGGGUCGUGGGCGUCGUGACUGUGACCAUCCUGCUGGGUGUGGCCCUGGCCGGCAUGGAGUGGGAAUCCAAGGCCCAGAUCGUCUUUUUCUGCCUCAUCCUCGUCUCCUUUCUCAACUUCUUGGUGGGGACGCUGCUGCCCGCGGAUCCCACCCGCCAGGCUAAGGGCUUCUUCGGCUACCGGGGGAACAUCUUCCUGGAGAACCUGAGCCCGCAAUGGCGCGGCUCUGAAGGCACUUUCUUCACCAUGUUCUCCAUCUUCUUCCCCUCGGCCACCGGGGUCUUGGCCGGAGCCAACAUUUCCGGGGACCUCAAAGACCCUGCCACGGCCAUCCCCAAGGGGACUCUGCUCGCCAUCUUCUGGACCACGCUGUCUUACCUGGGCGUCUCCGCCACCAUCGGCUCCUGCGUGGUCCGAGAUGCAUCGGGGAACCGGACGGACAUGGGUGUGGGCAACUGGAGCUGCUCGGGCCCCGAAUGCCCCUACGGCUGGGACUUCAGCACUUGCCGGGAGCGAGGGGCCUGCGCCUUCGGCCUGGCCAACCACUACCAGACCAUGAGCCUGGUGUCCGCAUUCAGCCCGCUGCUUUUCGCCGGCAUCUUCAGCGCCUCGCUGUCCUCUGCGCUGUCCUGCUUCGUGUCCGCCCCUAAGGUUUUUCAGUGCCUGUGCCAGGACAAGCUCUAUCCUCUGAUCGGCUUCUUCGGCAAAGGCUACGGCCGGAACCAGGAGCCCCUGCGCGGGUACCUGCUCACCUUCCUCAUCGCCAUCGGCUUCAUCCUCAUCGCGGAGCUCAACUCCAUCGCCCCGGUCAUCUCCAACUUCUUCCUCUGCUCCUACGCGCUCGUCAACUUCAGCUGCUUCCACGCGUCGCUCACCCACUCCCCCGGCUGGCGCCCGUCGUUCCGCUGGUUCAGCCCGUGGCUGUCCCUGGCCGGCUCCCUCCUGUGCCUCCUCAUCAUGUUCCUUCUCACCUGGUGGGCGGCGCUGGCCGCGGUGCUGCUCGUGCUGCUCUUGCUGCUCUACAGCUCCUACCGGAAGCCCGACGUCAACUGGGGCUCCUCGGUCCAGGCCAGCUCCUAUCACAUGGCUCUGUCCUAUUCGGUCAGUCUGACCAGCGUCCAGGACCAUGUCAAGAACUUCCGGCCCCAGUGUCUGGUAUUGACCGGGCCACCCGCCCAGCGCCCUGCCCUGGUGGACUUUGUGGGGGCUUUCACCAAACACAUCAGCCUCAUGAUCUGUGGAAACGUGACCGCGGAACCCCAGGGCGUGCGGGACUCCGAGGACCACGUCAAGUGGCUCAACAGUCGCAAGAUCCGCUCCUUCUACACGGUCAUCUCCGCCCCGACACUCCGCGCCGGCGCCCAGAGCCUCAUGCAGGUGUCAGGUUUGGGCCGGCUGAAGCCCAACGUGCUGGUCCUGGGCUACAAGCAUGAUUGGCAGGAGGAGCCGUCGGGGGCCGUGGAGGAGUAUGUGGGCGUGAUCCAUGACGCCCUGGACUCCAACUACGGCGUGUGCGUGCUGAGGAUGCCGGGGGGCCUGAGCCGCGCCCUGCGACCCCGCGCCCACGCUCCCCCCGACCAGCAGCCUCGCACUCCGUUCCAGUCCAAGCAGGGUCGUCGGACAGUGGACGUCUACUGGCUGAGCGAUGACGGUGGGCUGACCGUCCUCAUCCCCUACUUGUUGACACGGCGGCACAAGUGGGCGCGCUGCCCCGUGCGGGUGUUUGUGAGCAGCGCCCCGGGUCAGUUGGAGGAAAAACGCAACGAGAUCCGCUCCCUCCUGACCAGGUUCCGCCUCGGCUUCCAGGACGUGGCGGUACUGCCCGACCUCAGUGGGAGGCCCCAGGAGAAGAGCCAGAAGGCCUUUGAAGACCUGGUUGCCCCACACCGCUGCCAAGAGCCACCUGAAGAAUUGGAGGGGCAAGGAGAGAGGGAGGGAGAGCCUGCCCCACCUCCCCCCCCUGCCGGGAGCAUCUCUGACCGGGAGCUGCAGUUCAACCAGAGGAAGUCGGAGCGCCAGAUGAGGCUCCAUGAGGUCCUGCAGCAGCAUUCCGGGGAAGCGGCCCUCAUCGUGCUGAGCCUGCCUGUGGCCCCACGCACCGCCUGCCCAGGAGCCCUGUACAUGGCCUGGCUGGAGACGCUGUCUCGGGGCCUCGCCCCCCCCGUGGCCUUUAUCCGAGGGAACCAGCAGGACACGCUGACCCUCUACUGCCAGUGAAGGUCCCGCAGACUCUGUGACUCUCCGCGACCAGUGACUGUCCCGCAGGCACCGUGACUCUCCGGCAGACACCGUGACUCUCCACUAUUAGUGACUGUACUACAGACACCGUGAUUCUCCCGUCAGCGUCACUGUCCUGGCCUUCUGUCUCCUGAACCUCCACCCCACACCCAGUGACCCUCUCCUGCCAAGGCCUGCACUUUGGGGUCAGAUGGAGGGAAAGACAGGGAGAUGCCUGUUCGAUUAGCCUGUCUGGCUGCACUCUGGUCUCCACUCAUCCCAAGGGGCUGCCCCUCGGCCCUCAUAAUAAACUAU